CAUUCCCGCUCCCUCGCUCCAGCCCAGCCCAGCACUCGCCUCCAUCGUCCCUUCUUCUCCUUUGCCCAAAUCCUGCUUCUCUUUUCCCCUCACAUUCACACUCUCACAACACACCCACAGUCAAUCGGUCAAACAACACCGCCUCUUCCCGACCUUCCGUAUCCUUCCCGACACCAUUACUCAACCCCUCAAAUCAAUCAAAGCAUCUGAGUUUCUGGUUUCACCUGGACUGUUGUCGUCGUCGCCCGUUGGUCGUAAGCGUCGUCGUCACCAGAGUCAUUCAUAUAGCAGGAAAUCCCGCCAGACUCAACCCAAACAUGAAUGUGUUGCUAUCGCCACAGCCGCCUCUCUUCCAGCACCCCCACGAAGCCAACCGCAUUUCUCCCUCUCGUUCUUUGAGCCCAUUUCACAACAUGGCCACCACCAGCCGCAAACGCAAGGCCGACGAGGAUGGCGACGAGAUGUCGUUGUCCCCACGAAGCUCCCCAUCCGCCUCAUCGAGACAACUGCAGCGCCCCUCAAAAAAGGUCCGCUCCAACGAGCUGGUCGGCCGACCGCUGUCGCUUCCCCGAAUGCUGGAAACCUUGGACCCGACAGCCGUACGAGCUCUCCUCGUGCGAAUCUGCGAGCGACACCCGGAAAUCGGCCAGGAAGUGAUCAGCAGCGCCCCUCGCCCGACUGUCGCUGCCGCACACGGCGUUUUGCAGGAGUAUCAGGAGAAGAUGAAGGCCGCCAUUCCCUACGGCGAAACUAGUGCCGACUACACAUACUACCGCGUCAAGGCCCCCCUGACGGCCCUCAUCGACGCCCUCCUCGAUUUCACCCCCCAGUACCUCCCGCCAAACGAAACCCAGACCACCGUCUCGCUGCAAUAUCUGGACGGUGCUACCAAGAUCAUCCACGCUCUCCCCGACUGGGAGCCCCAGCAGUACCGACACCACAAGGAGAAUGCAUACGACGAGAUCUCCAAGGCCUGGGCCUUGGUCAUCAACGAGGCGGCUAAGCGUGGCGGCGGUCUGAGUCUGCACACGGGAGGAUGGGACCAGACCCUGGCGAAACACCACGAGAUCUCAGGCGGACGUAUGGGCACGGCCAUGAACUCGAUGGCCACGAGUGUCAGCUGGAUGGCACAUGGGGGCUCCUCGAACGGACAGCAGCCCGGAAACCCAUCGUCGGAUCCGAACUCGAUUCUCAACCAGCUCAUGUCCGGCACGUACGGUGCACCCGUGCGUGUCGGGCCUUGGUAGAAGCGGUAAGAAGGGGGCUAACCAACCCGCACACAUGUCAAUACACGGGGGGCAACAAGAGAAACUCGGCACCCACCGCAGCAUGAGGCAUCGACCCCCGGUCGAUCGCAUCGCCAACUGGACAUAUCACGACGACUAUAACGACGGUUUUCUUUUCCCAUGUCCGCUUUUCUUCAUUACUUCGUUCAGCAUCGGGCGGCAAACGGCAUAGACUUUUUGGGUUCCGUAGACAAACUUCAUGUCAGGACCGGGAUGGGUUUGGGCGGCGUUUUUGUCAUUUCUUUUCCCCGAUCGAUGAUAUCCCUUUCCCGUCGCUUGUUGCGAGUCUUUCUUGGGGGACUGAUGAAGGACAGCUUGCUCUGCUGCCUCACAGUCACCCU